AUGUCGGCCGCCGACAAGUCGAGGCAGUCCUCGGGCGGCCGCUCCAUCUUUUCCCGAAACAAGAACAAAGACCGGCGGACGGCGGACACCGACAACCUCGAUGCCAUCAGCACCGUGAGCUCACGCUCUUCGCGCCACAAGCGAGACUCGUCCAACGUGUCCAUGGACGCGCCCGCCUCGCCUGACGCCGGAAUCAACACCAUGGCGGGAGUGAUAACGUCAAUCCCCUAUGACAGCAUGCCCGUGCGCCGAGAACCCCUGCCGCAUCAUCUUAACAAGGGCGGCGGCGAUUUUCACCAGUAUCCUUCCUUUGACAACUCGCCUUCCCCCGCAGGCUCUCACGCCUCGGCAACACGGUCCAUGCUGGGCCCCUCCAACGUCACCAUGGCUUCGACGGGGCGGCAGGCCCAGAUUCAGCACUGGGGCGCCUCACGCGGCAGCAUGGCCAGCACCUCCAACGGCUCGCGCUACGACUCGUACAUGGCCCCCAACGGCCGAGCUUCCGCCGAUGGUCAAAGCAUCUACUCCCUCUCAGCCAUGCCUACUGCAUCGUCGCAGAGCUCUUAUGGUUCCCACUUGUCGCCUCGAGAGUCGAGUCGAAUGACCAGGUUCCCCGGGCCCGCGCCCAAUGCCCACGAUGGCUUCUACUUCCCCAAGCCAGACGACGACCACGUGGUCGAGCAAAUGUUUUUGCAGCUCAUGCAGAAACGAGGCUGGCACAACCUCCCCGAACAAGCGAGACGGCAGAUGAUGGCCUACCCGCCCCAGAAGAAGUGGACUCUGCUACACCAGGACCGCCUCACCGAAUGGCAAGGGGAGCAGAAGCGCCGGCAGACAGCCCGCUCGAACCAAUACGCAGCGCCCGACGUCACCACGUACUCGGACGAGGAGGGCACGCCGGAAUGGUAUGUCCGGAGGGUCAUGGAAGACAAGCUCGACUCCAAGGGCAUGGGCAGCCUAGAGGUCAAUCUCCGGACGCAGCAGAUAGGCUGGGUCAAGCGCUUCGUCGAGUGCCAGGGCCAGGUCGCCCUCGUGACUCUGCUGCUCAAGCUCAACCGCAAGACGGCCCUGGGCCCGCCCCAGGACAAUCUCAAGGCGGAGAAGAAGCUGGACCGCGAGUACGACAUUGUCAAGUGCCUCAAGGCGCUCAUGAACAACAAGUUUGGCGCCGACGAUGCCCUGAUGCAGCAAAAGGUUCUUUUGGCGCUGGCGACCUGCCUCAUCUCGUCGCGGCUCACCACGCGGAAGCUCGUCAGCGAGAUUCUGACCUUUUUGUGCACGUGGGGCGAGAACGGCGAGGGUCAUCUCAAGGUGAUACAGGCUCUGGACGAGGUCAAAGCCCAGUCUGGAGAGAACGGCAGAUUCGACGCUUGGAUGCGCCUGGUGGAAGUCACCGUCGACGGCCGCGGCAAGAUGGGCAGCCUGGUUGGCGCCAGCGAGGAGCUCCGAACCGGCGGCAUUGGCAUGGAGAACCUGCUCAUGGAAUACGCCGUCACAACCCUCAUGCUCAUCAACAUGAUCAUCGACUCGCCUGAGCGGGACGUCCAGCUGAGGGUCCAUAUUCGGGCCCAGUUCACAGCAUGCGGCAUCAAGCGCAUCCUAACCAAGAUGGAGGGGUUCCAGUACGAGCUCCUCGACAAGCAGAUUGAGCGCUAUCGCACCAACGAAGUCAUCGACUAUGAGGACAUGCUGGAGAGGGAAAACAGCAGCAUCAAGGAUAGCAUCGAGGGUGAAAUGAAGGACCUGAAUGACCCCGUGCAGAUUGCCGACGCCAUUCAACAGCGCAUCCAGGGCAGCAAGGCUCAGGACUACUUCAUUUCCGCACUCCAGCAUCUCAUGCUCAUCCGCGCCGGCGACGGCGAAGAGCGCCUGCGAAUGUUCCAGCUCGUCGACUCCAUGCUCAGCUACGUGGCCAUGGAUCGGCGCCUGCCCAACAUGGACCUCAAGCAAAGCCUCAACUUCACCGUCCAGAGUCUGUUGGACAAGCUGCACACCGACUCGGAAGCCCGACAGGCGCAGGAUGAGGCUCUCGAGUCGCGGCAAAUCGCAGAGGCCGCCAUGGCCGAGCGCGACGAGAUGCGGGCCCGGCUGGAGCUCGGGGCGGAUGGGCUCGUGGCCAAGAUGCAACGGCAAAUCGAUGAGCAGGCGCGCUUCAUCGAGGCGCAGAAACGGCAAGCCGACGGGCUCAAGGCGGAGCUGGACAGCCUUCAGGCCCUCAGGGCUAAAGAGGCGCAGAGGAACGAGCUCGAGACGAGAGAGCUGUAUCUCAUGCUCCGGGAUGCCCAGGAUAUCGCCGCGUCCAACGCCGUCAAGGGCAGCGUCAAGGCGGGGGUUGCCAACGAGGUGCAGAUGAAGGGCAUCCUCGACAGGGAGCACCUCCUGGAGCGUCUCCAGAUGCAGCUCGAGCGUCAGAAGACGCAGUACAAGCUCGAGGGCAGGGCCUGGGGGGACAGAAACGGACCUUCCGAUCGGUUGCGCGCUCUUCGGGAAGAGAUGGACGGCGAGAACGCGGAUUCGAGCAGCGGCCCAGGCACCCCUCCUCGGGACUUUACAAACAGUGUACUUGGCAGCAUCAGCCGUCAGACGAGGACCUCGCGGAGGCCGCGACUCGAGCAGACGGAAGGCUCGGGUGACGAGACCAUCGAAGAGGGCGACGAGACGGAAGGCGACGAAGGCGUCGUGUAUGAGCGCCCGCGAAUCGUCAAGAUGAAACGACCAAUCAUCGAUCCCAAGCAGCAGGCCGGACUGGUCAAUGAGAUUGGCUCGAAGAUCAAGAGGUACGAGGGCAGCGAUUCCGAGGAAGAGAAUGAGACUCCCAAGAUCGAAGUCAGCGAACCGACUGCCAGCGGUCCCCCGCCGCCGCCUCCUCCGCCGCCUCCACCUCCCCUUCCACCUGGCAUGGGCGGUGCUCCUCCACCCCCGCCUCCGCCUCCGCCACCCCCACUGCCGGGCAAGGCCUCAGGCGGCCCUCCGCCUCCCCCACCGCCGCCGCCGAUGCCCGGCAACUUGUCUGGAAACUUCUUGCCGGAAACGCCCACCUUCAGUGCAUCGCCCGGCAUCGGCUUGCCCGUUGUGCGGCCCAAGAAGAAGCUCAAGGCGUUGCACUGGGACAAGGUCGAUACCCCUGAGACCAGUCACUGGGCCGCACAUGCGCCGACGGCGGAAGAAAGAGAGGAGAAGUACAAUGAGCUCAACAGAAAAGGCAUCUUGGACGAAGUGGAAAAGCUGUUCAUGGCCAAGGAGAUCAAACGACUCGGGACUGGUGGCUCCAAGAAGGACGACAAGAAGCAAAUCAUAUCUGCUGAUCUCCGAAAGGCAUACGAAAUUGCGUUGGCCAAGUUCUCUCAGCACUCGGUCGACAAGAUUGUCCAGAUGGUCAUUCACUGCGACAAGGACGUUUUGGACAAUGCCGUGGUUAUGGAUUUCUUGCAAAAGGACGACAUGUGCAAUAUCCCCGAUAACACGGCAAAGCAGAUGGCGCCGUACAGCAGGGACUUGACUGGGCCAGAUGCCAGCCAUCAAGCCAGGGAAAUGGACCCUGCGGAGCUGACGCGCCAGGAUCAGAUAUACCUUUACACGGCGUUUGAGCUUCACCAUUACUGGAAGAGCAGAAUGAGGGCCCUGGCGCUAACGAAGAGCUUCGAACCUGAGUACGACGAGCUGAGCGAGAAGAUCCGCCAGGUGGUGACGGUGUCGGAGAGUCUUAGGGACUCGGUGUCGCUGAUGAACGUCCUCGGGCUUAUUCUAGACAUUGGUAACUACAUGAACGACGCGAACAAGCAGGCCCGAGGCUUCAAGCUCAGCUCUCUGGCCAGGCUGGGCAUGGUCAAGGACGACAAGAACGAGUCGACGCUGGCCGACAUGGUUGAACGGAUUGUGCGAAACCAGUACCCCGAGUGGGAAGGCUUCGGCAACGACAUCAACGGGGUUGUGACUGCUCAGAAGAUUAACAUCGAGCAGCUCCAGGCCGACGCGAAGAAAUACGUGGACAACAUCAGGAACGUGCAGAUGUCCCUGGACUCUGGCAACCUGAGCGACCCCAAAAGAUUCCACCCGCAGGAUCGCGUGAGCCAGGUGGUGCAAAGGUGCAUGAAGGAUGCGAGAAGAAAGGCAGAGCAGAUGGAGCUCUACCUGGACGAGAUGAUGAAGAGCUACAAGGACAUCAUGGUGUUUUACGGCGAGGACCCCGCGGACGAGAACGCCAGGAGGGACUUUUUCGCCAAGCUGGCCACCUUUGUGACGGAAUGGAAGAAGUCGCGGGAGAAGAACGUCCAGCUGGAGGAGAUGAGGAAACGCAACGAGGCGUCCAUGCGACGGAAGCACGCGCAACCCAAGGCCAGCAGCGUCCUGACGGAUGGCCCGUCCACUCACACCAACACUGGGGCCAUGGACUCGCUGCUUGAGAAGCUGCGAGCGGCCGCGCCACAGGCUCGGGAUCAGAGAGACAGGCGGCGGCGCGCGCGUCUCAAGGACCGGCACCAAGUGCGCGUGGCGUCGGGCCAGAAGGCCCCUGACAUCGACGAGAUUGCCGAAAUCGAGGUGGUCUCGCCGAGCAAGGAGACGACGAUUGAUGAGGAGGGGAGCUCGACUAGCCCCGCGCUCACGUCUCCCCGAGAAGGCGAGGACGACGUGGCAGACAGGGCGGCCGCCCUGUUACAAGGCAUGCGGAGAGGAGACGAGGGAGACGGCGACGACCCCGACAAGAGAGAGAGCCUGCGCAAGGCAAGGAGGCAGACUGCCGAGGAAGAGCGACGGCUGCGACGGAGGCGGAGAGAGAAGGCGACGGCCAGCCAGCUGGAGGAGACUGUAGAGAGCGGAGCAGUCGGAGAGGAAGUCCGCACGCCAACCACAGACACAGCUCACUCGGAGGAAGAGAGGAGGGGCGAGGAGGAGGCGGCAGCUGCAGACGAGGACCCGGAGAGUGCAGCAGGCGAGCAGCCCGAGGUCAAGGGUCAAGAGAAAUAG